GUACAGUAAGAGGCCACACCUUCAGUCGCGCUCGCCGCCCUCACCCAGCGGAUAAAAUACAGUGGGACAGACACACUCUGUAAAGUUACUUGCUUUCAACCUUUGUCCAUCUGAGGCCAUAAGGGUGCCAGCAUAAACCAUGUCUAUAAAAACCAACAGGAGAUCAUACCCUCCUCAAACAGACAACAGCAGCCCCAAGAAUGUCAUAGAGGAUAGCAAAAAGAAGACAUCCCUGCUGAAGGACAACAGCUGGAUCAAGAAGGAUGUGAAGAAUGAAAAAACAGUGGACCAGGAGUCAAACUUUGGUAGAACUGUCCUGACUCGGUUUAGAUCCAACGAAAAUCUUAACAGCUCUCCAGAUAAAACCACCUCAGUCACCACCACCACCUCCACCAGUAGACCCCAAAGAACCACAGUCCAGACCCUGACUAAAAGAUUCAGUGCAAGUCAGGAUGAACUGGAUUCAUGCAAAACAACAUCUGUGAUGUCUGAUCCAAAGAUCACUACUUCUUCUACAACUGUCAAAGACAGCACAAAGACUACUGUAACCACCACCAGAAGAUCUUCAGUAAAAUCACCAACCAAAACUGAAACAGUCACUGAGAAGAUCCUCUCAGAUACCACUAAUAUCACGAAAACUCAAAGUCAGGCUCCAGUGGAAACUAUACAGGCACCAACUAAAAGUUCCAGAAGCUCGAGUGUUUCCAAGACAGAGACUAUCACUGUGAUCACUUCCAAGGACACCAAGAAUGUAGAAGAAAGUAAAACUGUUGAGUCAGUGACGUCCCCAACUUCAACCAUCAAAACCACUACAAGCACCAAGAGCUAUGUUAGCCAUAAUGAUGUACCAACAUCUAAGACGACAGCGAGCACCAUCACCACCAAAUCAAGUGCUGAGGACCAGUUGUUUGAUACUCUUAUACCAACACCCAUCAAGUCACCGUACUCAGCACCUGUCACCAGCAGCUAUGAGCAAAGCAGUGUAACCAGUCCUACGACCUAUACCAAAACCUCGUACAAAAAGACCAGAACCGAGGAUUACCUUCCUGAUACGGUGGUCACCAAAUCUGUCAAGACCGUUUCCUCAACACCUGAUAGGUAUGAGCGCCGCAGUAUUAGUGGCUCCACCACGACCUACACCACAACAACAACCUACACAGACAACAGGCCUGAAGAUUAUCUGUCUGAUACCUUCACAUCAAAAACUGUUAAAACGGCGUACACAACACCUGACAGGAAAAUCAUUGAGAAGGAUUGUUGCUCAUACUGCCACAAACCCAUGAUCUCUGAGGUCAAGAUGAUUCUGGAUGAGAUGAAUAUACAGUGUCACGCCACUUGUUUCAAGUGUGAGGUGUGUAAGUGCUCUCUGGGACAUCUGAAGGCAGGGGACAGCAUGUGGGUCUAUCAGCGCACUGUGCACUGUGAACGCUGCUUUGGUGUUACCAGGGAUAAGUGGCGUCACUGAAGCUAUAACAGGUGUCAUCACUAAGGCAAAAAACAUGUGAAGAUAAAACAUGAAGAACAGAGAAAUGAAUGAAAUCCAUAUAUCAACUUUUAAGACUUUCAUUAGGUGAAGGAAAAUUAUGAUAAUGGGAUUUUGUUGCAUGUUGUUAUUAAAAGUGCUUUCCCACAAUUAUCAUAGAAAAGAGGAUCUGAAAUACAAGCAAGAGGGGUAGUGGGUCUGUCUGUCAGUGGGUGAUAGGAUUUGUGUGUUUGUCUUAAUAUCCUGCAAUAUUUUACCUCAUUUGUCUAUUUCUAUUUAACAAACUGAAGUGACCUUCAAGUCUGCUGUGAGCCACCAUAUGAUUUAUCAUUGAAAGACAAGUGUUAGGACUUUGUGACCGUUUGCCCAUUUGCCCAUUCAAAUUAUAUGAAUAAAUAAACAUUUUAAUCGCA